AAGAAGAGGAAAAGGAGGAGGAGGAAACUUUGGGCUUCUUUUCCUCAGAACCAUUGAACUUAAGGUUUAUGGAGGCUCCAGUUGUGGAAAAUGGUCUCCUCGUUGGUCUUUGCUGUCCUGGUGCAUGCGCUUCUCGGAGACUUGUGUUCCGCCAUCAACGUUACCAUCACUCCUUCCCCCUUCACGGUGGUCCAGGAGGGCCAAAACGUCACACUCUCGUGUGUGGUGUCCCAGCGGCGGCGCAAUUCUGCGCUGCCUGUCGUGAAAUGGACUUUCCUGCCGGCUGGCUCAGAUAGACCAGAUGACGAACUCCUCAUUGCUCGUGUGAACAUGCGAAAGGCUCGCUUCUAUGGAAAUUACACCAAGAGUUUUGUCUGGCCAAAGAUGAAGCUGACGGUGGUGAAGCAGGGCAAGAUCUUUGACCUGUUGAUCUUGAAUGUGUCCGAAAAAGAUCGAGGCUUAUACAUAUGUCGGGUUCAAGAGUUCAAAAAGCAACAGGAUCGUUGGAAGGCCUCAUCCAAUUCAACAGCUACAACUGAACUUAAAGUACACGUGUUUCCGGUCAUCGAGGCCAAAGACAGCCUGUGGAGCUUGUUUGAAGAUGUUUACCUUUGCGCUGUACUGAUUUGCUCCGUGGGCCUGCUGUGCAUGUGCAUGUUCACGUUGACGGUAACCUGCCAGUGCAUACAGAGGAAGGAGCGGUUAAAAGAUAAUUACCACUUAGUCAGAAGCUCUCGGAAUAGCUCUGGAGAAACCGUGACCAGUGUUAUCAAUGUGUCUCCCGCUUUACCUAAGAAGGAGAGGAGACACCGAAAGAAAAGGAGCAGAGAUUACCAAGAAGAAAUACCACCAGAGAUACCAGCAAAAGUUCCCAUUGGAGACAAAGCAAGAAUGCCCAAACUUUUAAUACCACAACCAAGGAAAUUAGUUUUGCCGAAGAUAGUGGAGGAGAAUCUGACCUACGCGGAGUUGGAUCUGGUGAAGCCAAUCCCGGAAGCAAAGGCAUCACGGAAUGGCACGGUGUAUGCUCAGAUACUUUUUGGGGAACAGCAACUAUGAAAAAAAUGUACUGUAGUUUUCUCCUAGUUUUUACUUUUGUAAAUAGUUUUUAUUUAUAGUCAACUUUUUAAUUGUAUUAAAAAAUGUCCAUCUGAAACUGUACAGAUUACUUUACACAAACAAGGAUAUCAAUCUUAAUGAGGCCUUAAAGGCAAGAAUGAUAACGUUUACAUGAGAGGAAGACGGCAUACUGACUGAAUUGUUUCUAAGUGUACAUAGAUGGCUCACCUAUGUGGAGUUGGACCCCCGUCAUACGCAAAUUUAUACAAAAAUGUCAAUUGUUUGUGCAACGUUUGUGCUGUAAAAAGUUUGUGCUGCUAUCGUUUUUAAGAUAUUCACAAUUCUUUUAUAGGUCAAUCUGAGGUCAAUCAGCACACUGUUUUGAUUAAUAAUGGCUUAAAAUGGUGUCAAUUGUUUAUGCUUCGUAUGUGCUGUAAAAAGUUUUGUUUGUGCUUGUAAUGUUUUUGAGAUUCUGAGUUGAUAUUGAUAAUUCCGAUAUGAAUUUUGUUAAUUUCGAGUAAUGACGUCACGUAGCCCACCAUUUAUGGCAAUAUGGACCCGAAAUGGGGCCAUUCGUUUAUGCUACGUUGGUGCAGUAAAAAAUUUAGUUUGUGCUGCUAUCGUUUUUCUUUUAAAUAUUGAGAUAUUAAUUUCGAGUGAUGACGUCAAUCGCAGCCCCUCCGGCUGACGGAGCGUACCAGCUCUCUUAAUAACAGAGGGGUGUCCCAGCAACAGUACGUGUUGUUUUAGGCAACCCCUUUGAUUUUUCUCUUGGUUGUUUGGACAAUAAUCCUAAUUAGUUUUAGUCAUGUUUUAGUCAUCUCAAAAUGUGUUUGUCGUCAUCUAGUUUGGUUGAUGAAAACUAAUUGCGUCUAGCUUUAGUCAACAUUUACUAAAAAUGUUUUCGUCUGUAAAAUUAAAACAUUUUACUCCAAAAUAAGUUAGUAAAGGAUUCCAACUAUUUCGAGUGAACAUUGACAGAUGAGCACAUAUUGUAGCAUCUACAAGGACAACACCGUCUUGGUGAUAAUACACACUCGGCAGGAAAACAGUAGAUUAUUUUGAAUGAAUUAUACCCACCUGGACAACCAAAUGUAUGUAGAAAAAGUUAUUCGAGAGUAUAAGAGGACACCGUCUGUUAGCAUUAGCUUAAUGCUAAUGCAAACGCUAUGCUAAACUAGGAGUUACAUUUACUGUGUGAUGAUCACUCAGCACACACUUUUAAAGGCUAAAGCAACAUUGCACAUUCUCUCUGGCCAAGAUAAGAAAACAAAUCAUACCGUGUGGGCAAGCUUGGAGACUGGAAAGGACACUGGUGAGUCGGUGGGGGGUGGUGCAGCAUGUCACAUGAGUGACACAACCAGAAACUGCUACGUUUCUGGCUAACUACACAUAAAAUGUCACACAAUGUAAACAUGUGACGGAAACGGCGCAUAUUCGUCUCGCCUGACGAAAACCGGCAUUAGUCUUGCUGCCUUUUAGUCUCCCAAGACACGUUUUAGCUCAUUAUUUUCUCGUCAUCGUCAUGAAAAAAUUGUUCGUUGAAGAAAUAUUUUUGUUAUAGUCAUCGUUGACGAAAACAACACUGCCCAACAACUAGAGCAAACGUUGCACAAACAAAUGGCACCCCUUCGGUUCUAUUUUUCAGUAAAUGGGGGGCUUGAGAUAUUAAUUUCAAGUGGUGAAGUGAAACGAAGCCUCCCAUUUACUGUGAAAUAGACCCGAAGGGGUGCCAUUCAUUUGUGUCACGUAUGCGCUAGUUGUUGGGACACCCCUCUGGUAUCCAGAAAGUUGGUACGCUCCAUCAGCCGCGAGAUGACUUCCCUCGAAAUUGAUAUCUUAAUAUCAAUAAAACAAUCGCAGCACAAACAUUUUUUUUUUACAGCACAAAUGUAGCAUAAACGAAUGGCAUCAUUUUGGGUCCAUUGUGCAAUAAAUGGGGGGCUGCGUGAAGUCUUCACUCGAAAUUAUUAUCUCAAUAACUCAAAAACGAUUGCAGCACAAACCAGCACAAACAUAGCAUAAACGAUUGACACCAUUUUUAGCCCUUUUUAAUCAAAAGGGGGGUUGGUUAACCUCAGAUUGCCCUAUAAAAGAAUUGCUAAUAUCUCAAAAAGAAUAGCAGCACAAACGAACAUUUUUUCAGCACAAGCUAGCACAAACCAAGGACAUACUUUUUAUAUAAAUUUGCGUCUGAUGGGGGGCCAACUUCACGGAGGUAAAUGGCUCAAGUAAUCAAAGUUACAAUGGCGUACCGCACGCUACACGUCAAUUCCGCUCAUUAAUAUUCAUGAAGUUAGCUACUGUUGCUAAGGAGGGGACAAGCUCCCGUUUGUCCCCAAUAGUAAUGAAUGGAAAUAGUGUACCAAGGAGAUGUUUACAGAGAUAAACCUCCCAAUUCUGUCCGAAAAUGAUGUCCCUGGUGCCAAAGUCACUGGUAAAGAUGUGGAAGAACAUACAAAUGUUCAGUUAAAGAGAUGGCUUGAGUGUCGAGGGCUGAAAAAGACGGGAAAAAGAGCCGACCUGAUCAAGGAGGUAGCUUUAAUAUCGACACCUUUUUUUUAAGCCACUGACAAUGACAUUUUCCUGUUUUAACAAUCUAUCCUUUCCCACCAUAUGCCCUAUCUAUCUUAUAUAUUAUAUCCUCUGAUUGUCCUACGUCUCUGACCAUUCUUUUGGGCAAUUUACAUUGCUAUUUUUGUGUAGCGAUCGCAAAUGCUACUCGUUGACAGCCAAAGAAAACUUUUAAUUUUUUCAUUAAAAUCAAUUCUAUAACUUAUUUACACUUCCCCAUUACUAAAAUUGUUUUUUACAACAGAAAAGGUAACAGUGGCAAUCAGAGACCAUUUUAAUUCUUUUCAGGUCAUUCAUUGUUAGACAGAAGCAGCACAGCAAAACGCCACGCUAAGAAAAAUAAGCAAAAAAUAUCAAAAUGGCUUACCUCUUUGUCCUCUGAAGGACCAUGCCAACCCAACAUAAUGUUUACUGUAUAUGAAAUGUGAAUGGCUUCACCUUGCUGGCGUUAAACGUCUGUGCAAGUUGAUCCAUUUUUCACAUUUUUCCUCCGAGUUUUUGGUUUCAAGAAAACAUCCUUCAUAUGUCAUAAUGUCUGGAGUCGUUUCUACAAGUUCCAUAUCAGCAGUGCUUUAUCGGCAUGCUUGUUUUUGAAAGAUUACCAGCGAAAACUAGCAUAAAAUAUUAAUGUUUGUAUGUGAGGGCGUGUCUAUAAUGUCCCACUUCCGCUUUACGAUGUGACAUCACGGUCUAAAAAUAGCAUUCGUGCGGUACGCUAUUGAAGAAAUUUCUUGCUAAAUUACACAUAUAUCAUAACACUUGCGAUUCUACAAAUCUUAAACAUUCAGCAAUUGUGUCAGUUGAUUUGAGUUGAGUUCUAAAAAAUGUCAGUAUACUGUAUAUACUCCUUAAAAUCUCAUGUCUGUGCAUCAAGUAUGAAGCUAACCAAGAGUUAGCUGUAGUAGCCGAGUUAGCCAAAAGAGCAACGUCUAGCUAGUUAGCUCGAUCGAGUUAAGGUAACUGAUCAAGUGUUUCUUAUCAGCAUUUUGGUGAAAAUUAGGAAAAUAAUACAAAUAACCCCUAGAAAAUACAAUGCAAGAGUUUGAGUUAAAUGUGAACACUGGUUUUACAUUACUGAGCGUACUGUGAAAGGAAAAGUCUACGUAUGCGUUUACCAAUGAAGAAAAUCGCCAUCAUCUGUAACUCAUCCUUUGCCUUUUCUAUUCUAACAAUUGUUUGAUAUACUGUUACAUCUAAUUGCUGUUCAUCAUUCAAGUUCAUUGUACAAAACUCUGUCGAGACGCAGACACAAUAAACACCAAUGUUAGUGUGACCCGAUGUAAUUCAACAAGUGAUUUGCUUCUACUGUCCCCAAUCUUAUCUUGCCACGCAACAUCUGUGCGCCGUCUGUUUUUGUGUGUCACACUGCAAUUUACACUCACCACAACUCACAACAGUUGAUAUUAAAGUAGCGAUUAGCCCUUAGACUGCACCCCUCGCACUGUCAAGUUUGUCAGACGCUUUCAUCUUGUGUUUUACCAGCCAAUUUAACAGCAACACAAGCACACGCUGACAAAGGCAUCAGUACAGGCCUUGAAGGUACAUGUGUGAUAAACUUGUAAAAGAGUAAAUAUUGUAAAUCUAGGGAAACCUCCAUCAAACAGAAAUGUGUGUUUAAUGAAAGUAGAUUGCUUCAAAUCAUAAGGUUUUCUUUGUAUAUGUGAUAAGCGCUUGGUGCUAGUCUUUUGCUGACACCGCAAAAAUGCUUAAGUUUCUUUUUUCCCCCAUUUGAAUCUUGGGAUUGAGGCAUGGAAAGUAGUAACUGUGAAUCUGAAACCCAGAUGCAAAGGCAACACGUACAUUCCUUCUCCUCCCCCACUACUUUCACUAUGAAGUCUAUAGUAAAAGUGUAAUCAUUGCUGGUGGACCCCUAUAAAAUCCAUCUUUUAUCACAAACUGCAUGUAUAAUGAGCUGAUACUUUGCCCCUGUUUAUAAACUAACUUAAGACAACUGAAUAACUGCAAUCAAUUUUGCCUCAUUGACUUAAAGACACAUUUACUCAACAAUCAAUUCCACACAAAUCGCAGCAUUACUAAACCACCCGAUUGUGACGAGCUGCGGAAGGUGCAUAACUUCCUCUCGAGCUGUGACAGCGCUAUAGAAAUAUACACGAUAGAUUCAGGGAUUGAAAUACAACUUUUUAUAAACUGACAGGGUUGAUAAUAAGAAUAAUAGAACUUUUGUGUGUGUAAAUUUAUGGCGUAAAUAAAUAAAUAUUAAGCCAUUGUGGCUUGAGAGGGAGUAACACAGGUGUCGCGCAUGUGCAGGAACAAUCCGUCGCAAUCGGGUAAUGACUGGUCAAUUACCGUAUUUUUCGCACUAUAAGGCGCCGCGGAUUAUAAGGCGCAUUAGUAGUAGCAAUAGUAAUCAAGGUUGGUUUUGGGUUCUGCAUCCACUCUGCUAAAGGGAAUGUCAUGCCAUUAUUAACCAAUAUUCAUCCAUGUACAGGUAGUUCCCAAGUUACGAACGAGUUCAAUUCCUACGCUGGCAACGUAACCCGAAUUUCAGCGUGAAUCGGAAUUAACGAUUUAAGUACCUCUAAAUCUCAAAAUAGCUAUCCAAAAACAUGCACCGUAUUGGCCCGAAAAAAAGAAGGUGUUUUUUGCAUUGAAAUAUGACUGAAAAAGAGAGAGUCGUCUUAUAUUCGCGGUCUACACAUUAUACCCAUUCACGACGCGAGAUGGCGCCAGAUAUCAUUGAAGCGAUGUUCUGUCAUGACAGAUCUCAGCUACUAUAGAUAGGUUUAUUUACAUUUCAAAAACCAGAAGCCUUUCAUUUACUAAUGUGAUUGCACUUUAGGUUACAUAUUUAAAUGUUCAUAUGUUAAGAUUUGAAUGAGGCAAAAUAACAUGGUUUUUCUCUCAAAUAUAUUUUUAUAAUCAUUAGUUUCGGAUGUACUGUAAUUAUUUUCUGUUUCAAAAUUAAUUUGGUGUUCAAAAAGUCUUUUUUCAAACUUGAGUAAUGACAAAGAGUUGUCUUAUAAUCUGGGCCGUCUUAUAUACGGGCCAAUACGAUAUUAUACGUCUAUUGUACUGUCUUCGCCAAGACCAUGGAGCUAAGUCGUAGCAAGACAGCGUGCUAAGUUCUAAAAUGACAAUGUCAGACAUCAACACUUGCAGAAUGAAAUCCGUUUCAUCUUUAUUAACAGUAAUUAAAAUUUGCGUUUAUAACUAGCUGCUUAUACAGCAAGACCAAUCCACACAAACGAUUAGCAUGUAUCAGUUAGCGUCUGAACAUCAAUUACCCCUAAAUAUCCCCUAAAUCUCAAAAUAACCAUCCAAAAAACAAGUAUUAUAUGUCACUGUACGCUGCAAAAACACACCUUCUUUAAAACAAAUUAAACUCCCUUGUUUUCAGUGUAAAUCUGCAAGAAAUAGGUGAAAUUAACUGCCGGUGCUUUCAAUAAAUUUAACUCACAUAGAUUUCUUGAAAUAACAAAAAUAGCCACCUGAAAAUGAUCUUAACAGACUCCUUUUAAGCAAAAGGUUAGUAGAUUUAAUCUUUUAAAAAAAGCUUUUUUGUUCUUAUUUCAAGAAUAUUGUUCAAAACAUUAUUUGUAAGCAAUUUUUUUCUCGAUUUAAGUGAAAAAUUACCAACUUUUAGAUGUAUGGGCUUAAUAAGAACAAACAGUUGCAUUUAUUUAAAGCAAGUGGAAUAAUCCGACACAUUAAUCUGUUAAUUUGUCUUUAACACUCUAAACAAGAUGAACAUUAUUUGACUAGAUUUAAGAAAAAAUAUCUGAUUAAGACUUUAUAAAUUUGCAAUCUUGCCAAGACGUUGAAGCUAAAUCCUAGCUAGACAGCGAGCUAAGCUCUAAUGUUUCCCCUCUCUCUCUCACUCGGCUGCGCGACUUGUUUGUGGGAGGAAAUGCGCUACUACUCGUCUUCUGCAAAUACGUUUAUCGUCGUGAGUACCUGCGCUCUUCCUUGUGUGCUUUAUGGUUCCUGCACCAAAAUAAAAGUGAGCAUUACAAAACAAAAGUCAACAUUAUAAUCAAGUAAUGUAAAGUAAAAAAAAAAAAAAAAGAUACUGUGAGGUACAAUAAGGUACUGUUUACGCGACAAAAAAAAAAAUGUAAAGUCGAAAUCACGUAAAUCGGGGGCUACCUGUAUAAGACGUAUCAAAUUAUAAGAUCCACUUUUGAGAAAAUUGAAGGCUUUUAGGUGCGCCUUAUAGUGCAAAUAUGAAUAUAAAAUGAAAUAUGAAAAUACGGUCUUUUUACCCUAACAUGUCUCUGACAAAUUUUACCACAAAAAGUUUUUUGUGUUGUUUUUUAUAAUAAAACCAUCACAACAUUGCCAACUAGUGGCCUGGUAUGAACAUUACAGCCUUUUAUUGCUAAUCUCUGCUCGUCAGUUUCAGCAUUUUGAUCGUGUUGUCUUUGUUAUGUGAAAUAUUUCUAAAAAAUAUAUUAAAGUAUUAAUAUGUUUUUAUUUGAUAUCUGAAUGUAUCUUUCACUGUAGUAAUAGAUACAGUACCAUGAUGUAUUAGAGCAUGUAAACCAAUUAAUCUUUGAAUAAUUUGUUGAUGGUAUUUGCCAAGUCUCUAAAUGUGUAGUAGUUGAUUAACACAAAACUUACAUUUGAACACGAUUUUCCUCUUUUUGUGUUGCUACAGUUUGAUAAAAUUUCCAGAGAUUGUGCUUAUGAAAAGAUGUGCAUUCCAGUUCAAUAUAGGUUUGUUUUCAGGUGUAUCCAAAAUUCAGUGUGUAUUGUUUCGACAAUGGUUUGAAUGAAUAAAAGCUGUCAUGCAGUUGUAAGCAGAAACCUUUAUUUUUUCUUUUCUUCAAAAUAUCCUUAAAACUGUGAAAUGUAAAGUUUCUUCCAAACCACAAUACCCUUAAUGGAGAUCACCUAACAAGGACCAUAUGUGUGAUCGGGGCCUCCUGCCUCUCAGUUCGCUCUCUCACUGCCCUUCGCCGACCUCUAACUUCAAUAGUAUGUCAGUAGGUCUGUUUUAUUUUUUUUUUUUUUAUACUGAAAGCAUGUUUCACUCUCUUUUUUUUUGUUGUUGUUAGUUUUAUUUGUCUUUUCAGUUUGAACGUUAUUAAUGUGUCAAGAAACGAAAUUAUGAACUGCACACAUAUUGUAGCAAUUUGUAAUCUUUGUAACUUUCAGCAAAGAGGAAGUGCA